AUGGGUGCCCGAAGCAUAUUUUCCAGGGGGUUGAAUGGCUUGUCGAAACUGAACGUGGCCUGCUUGAAUUUCCAACCCCAUAUGGACGUAAGGAAAAUCUACGGGAAUGGUGUCGAGGCCAAAUACACGUACUCUGGACCAGCCUUGGAAUUGUUGAAGAUAAUCGCGAACGACAUGAAUUUCACAUACACACUGAAGGUGCCACCAAACGAUGGAGCCUGGGGUGUCCUGUACCCGAAUGGAACCUGGAACGGAAUUAUCCGUAUGAUAUUAGAUAAGGAAGCAGAUAUCGGAUUGGGGCCCUUCGGCGUCACCUACGUCAGAUCCAAGUUUAUCGACUACACGACGCCGCUGCUGGUCGACUACACACAAAACUUAGGAAGAAGAGGAAACACUGAAGUCGCUCUGUGGAGUGUCCUGCUCGCUCUGGACCCGUCGGUGUGGAUCGCAACCUUCGUCAUGCUGGCCAUGACGUUCUCCAUCGUCUACCUCCUGGACAAGUCUAGCUCGAGGGUGACCUCGAAAAUCUCCCUACUACUACGCCCGGACGUUUCUUCAUCAAGGUCGAGUAUCUGA